AUGCCAACCGUCAUUCUUGGAGGAGGUAUCAUUGGCUCCUCAAUUGCCUAUUACCUCUCUCAAAGUCAACCGCAAGAAGAAAUUCAUGUCAUUGAAUCGGCAUCCGAGCUGUUCUGCUCUGCCUCUGGCUAUGCUGCUGGCUUCUUAGCUAAGGAUUGGUUUGCGCCUUCUCUCGCGCCAUUGGGCGAGCUGUCAUUCAAUUUACACGAGUCCCUUGCUGCUGAGCACGGAGGACGGCAGAAAUGGGGUUAUAUGAAAGGUGUGGCGCUGAGCUUAGGCUCUGUGAGCAACAAAGGAGGUGCUCGUGGCGAUGAUUGGCUUCGUGCAGGUACCAGUCGCGCAGAGACGGCUGCAGGCACAAGCCAGUACGGGGAACCUCAGGUCCCAGAAUGGUUGACGCAGCAGCAGGGGGCGAAGGUAGAGCAGAUCAGUGAUAAGGAUACGACUGGUCAAGUUGAUCCCUUGAGGUUGUGCAGGUUCCUCAUGGACAGCUGCACGUCACGAGGUGUCAAGCUCCACUGUCCAACAAAGGCUUCAUCACUUGUCAGGAAUGAGGCCGGUACCAUUACCGGCGUCAGAAUUGUGAACUUGAAUACGAAAUCCGAAUCUACUAUCCCCUGUACGAAUCUAGUUGUCUGCGCUGGACCGUGGACACCGCAGGUCUUCCGUGACCUGUUCCCGUUCUCCAAAGUUGCACUCCCUAUAUAUCCGCUCGCUGGGUAUUCUUUGGUACUUCACUCCCCAAGACAUACUCUGGAACACGAGCAGAAAAAGUAUCAUGGUGAGACCCAUGCUUUGUUCACGACAUGGCCACCAUCCUGCGGCUUUAGCCCGGAAUUGUUCUCUCGGGAAGGGAGAGAAAUCUACAUUGCGGGUUUGAAUACCAAGACAAUCCCACUUCCGGAACGAGCAGACGACUCCCAUAAUUCAGUGGACCAAAAGGAGAUGGAUAGACUGAAGGCAGCGUCUGUUCGCCUGCUUGGGAAGCUUGCCGAGGGCAAAACGGAAUCAAGUGACGAAACCCCGAACCUGAACGACCUGAAGAUAGUCCGUGAAGGCCUUUGUUUCCGUCCUGCUUCAGAUCGUGGCACACCUUUUGUGGGGAGAAUUGACGACAGCUUGUUGGGAGAGGGCAUCAAGACCGCCACAGGAAGCAGGAAGGGUGGGGUAUUUGUCGCUUCGGGCCACGGUCCUUGGGGCAUCUCGCUUGCUCUUGGAACUGGAAAGGUUAUUGCCGAUCUGGUGGAAGGGGUUCAGCCUGCAGUAGAUAUCAGCGGGCUGGCCCAAAAGUUCACUACGAAGAAAGAGCUGAGUAAGGUACAUGCUGAAGAUGGACGCCUCAGGCACCAGAAGCUUCUCCGAGAUUAG